UCCUUUCUCUUGCGGAUGUGCUAUUAAAGUGUGAGCAGAAAGGGCUUGGUCGGGGUGUCACUGGUGUAUCUGUGCGACUCUGGACAGCAGAUAACCGGGCUGACGACGCUGCUGCUGCUGCCGCUGAAGCCCCGUACAUGAACCUCCUCCCCGGCUAUGCUGCCCUGAGAGCGCAGAGAGUAUCCGGCCCGCCAACAUGUCUGAUGUCAACAAGACUAUUCAGAAAUGGCACGCCAGUUUUAGCAAAGGCACAGACUUUGACUCGUGGGGACAAUUAGUGGAGGCUAUAGAUGAGUACCACAUUUUAGCGAGACAACUGCAAAAAGAGGUCCAGUCACCAAAUUCAUCAGACUUCACAGAGGAGCAGAAGAAAACUUUGGGAAAGAUUGCAACAUGCCUCGAGAUGAGAAGUGCCAGUUUGCAGUGCACACAGUCAAAGGAGGACUUCAAGUUAGAAGAGCUGAAGAAACUGGAAGCCAUAAUUCAAAAUAUUCUGACCUUCAACAAAGAAUUUCCCUAUGAUGUGCAGCCAGUGCCCUUAAGGAAAAUCCUCGCUCCAGGUGAAGAGGAGAACUUGGAGCUGGAGGAGGAGGAGGAGGAUGCUGCAGCAGGAGCAGGUUCUACAGAGGCGUUCCCCCCGCGAGCCCCCGCUUCGCAAGGUACCUUGUUGCCACGGUUACCCUCAGAGCCUGGCAUGUCGCUCCUUACACUAAAGAUUGAAAAAAUUGGAUUGAAGGACGCCGGGCAGUGCAUCGAUCCGUACAUGACCAUCAGUAUCAAAGAUGUGAACGGCGUGGAUGUGAAUCCGGUGCAGGAUACUCCCGUGGCCUCCAGGAAGGAAGAUACCUACAUCCACUUCAGUGUGGACGUGGAGAUCCAGAGACAUGUGGAGAAAUUACCAAAAGGGGCAGCUAUCUUCUUCGAGUUCAAGCACUACAAACCUAAAAAGGGGUUUACCAGCACUAAAUGUUUUGCCUUCAUGGAAAUGGACGAGAUCAAACCCGGCCCCAUCGUCAUCGAACUGUACAAGAAGCCCACAGACUUCAAGAGGAAGAAACUGCAGCUUCUAACAAAGAAACAACUCUAUCUUCAUCUUCAUCAGACAUUACACAAGGACAGCUAAGUCGCAGCGCGCCCUGAACUUUGAACCACUUCUUUGUAAUCUCUCGUACACUCACAUCCAGCAAAAUGUGGAGUUCCACCUCAUCACAUCCAGCAAUACUAAACCAAGUUGUAUUCAUGUUUUUCUCCAUGAGUACACGAAGAAAGUGAAGGGACGCAAACAGUAGUGACAUCAGCUCAGACUUUUGUAUUCUUUCAUUUUGUUUUCAAGCAUGACGAUGUAUUAGGGCCAUUGUAGGUUUCAAUAAAUAAAUAAAGAAAAGAAAAGAAGCGGGGGGGGUCAUAUUCUGAGAAAGCUUGAAUAUUCUCUGUGAUUCUAAAGUAAUACAUUUGUGGGAAAACGACCUACUAUGGCCCUCGUACACUGUCAGGGUGCAUAAUAUCCAUUAUGUAAAAUAAGUUCUCAGUUUUUGACACGUUGGAGAUGCACCACCAUCAUCUCCAGUCUUCCUUUAGCUCACUGGUUUUUAGAAACGGGGGACACGAUGUGAGUUAUUGCAGGUGCUUAAUUUGAGUCACUACUAUAUGUUUGUGCUGUUUGAUGUUGGACUCGAAACAUUAAAGGCAGCUAAAGGUGCCAAACUAUGUGGACUUAUUGGUGAAGUCAAAGCCACUCCCUGAAUAAAUAACACACUAACAGGCAUCACUGUUUGCUCUUUAAAAGUUUGUGCGUGCCAUAAUUAUAGACUUUGUUUGUGGUGUUUAAUAAUUAUCAUUUAAAAGACGCUGUUACAAACUGUUUUAAUUAAAUUUGCAUUAUAAACCUCUUGGUUAAAAUAGUGAUAUUCCCCCAAUUAAUAAUUCAUUUUUAAUAAUUGUUUCCAAAAUGAUUAAUUGUGAAAUUGGAUUACAAAAUGAAAAAAAAAAAAGUAUUAAAUUAAACUUUAUGUUAAUCUAUUUACUAAUGUGUCUGCCGAUCAUACAGGACCACGAUUAGUUGUCUGCUUUAACAUUUACAGUUUCCAUUUAAUUUAAUAUUAACUGAGCUUUCACAUUACACACUGUCAGCAGGCACUCUGAUGUGCCAGCUGGGUCUUGGUACAGACUUACACAUUUUUAAAACAUUAAAACUAACAUGGAAUGGAAACUGUAACUGUAUUAUAAUUGUGUGUAUAUUAUAAUAUAAUAAUAAUAAUAAUUAACAAUUAAAAAAAAGUCCAGAAUUGUCCCGGUGGCACUCUAUAAUCGUUUGUUGUUUAGUCACCGACAGUAUUUAAUUCAGUGGCAUUUAUAAAGUUAAAUGGUGAAAUUAGAGGUUUAAUAUACAGUAGGUGUCAAUUUAUGAUGCACUGAAAUGCUCUGACCAUUUUAAGAGUAAUACUUUUUUUUUUUUUAAACGUUAUGUUCGCUUUGUUAGAAUAUAUCACACGUAUGAUUAUCUGUUUUAGCCCAGAGUUAAGGAGAUUUCGACUCGGUAGCAAUUAACAUUUCAGUUCGGUUUUCAUGCUUCAGUGUGUAUUGGAAUGUGUGUUUGAAAACUGUUUCCUACUGUUUAAUAAAUGCAUAAAGAGUUAA